AUCGGCUGCCAACGGGACGCAGAGCCCUCGCUUAUCAUCGCGAUAGCCCGGACCUGGGUGCGGGAUGGCCGCGGAGCCGGGUGGAAGUGCUCCGCGGCUCCGGGAGCCGGCUCUCGGGGCCGAGACAUGGCCCGGGGCCCCGGCCAGCUAAGUGGGCCUCAUCUAGACACUGUCGUCAUGCCCAAGAGAGGGAAGCGGCUCAAGUUCCGGGCCCACGACGCCUGCUCGGGCCGAGUGACCGUGGCGGAUUAUGCCAACUCGGAUCCGGCGGUUGUGAGGUCUGGACGGGUCAAGAAAGCCGUGGCCAACGCCGUUCAGCAGGAAGUAAAAUCUCUGUGUGGCUUGGAAGCCUCCCAGGUUCCCGCAGAGGAGGCUCUUUCGGGGGUAGGUGAGCCGUGUGACGUCAUGGACAGCAGUGACGAGAUGGACGCUCAGGAGGAAAGCACUCAGGAAAGAUCAGUCUCCAGAAAAAAGAAAAGCAAGAGACACAAAGAAGACCUGGACGGGGCCGGAGGAGAAGAGUAUCCUAUGGACGUUUGGCUGUUGCUGGCCUCCUAUAUCCGUCCUGAGGACAUUGUGAACUUUUCCCUCAUCUGUAAGAACGCGUGGACUGUCACUUGCACCGCUGCCUUUUGGACCAGGUUGUACCGAAGGCACUACACGCUGGAUGCUUCUUUGCCUUUGCGGCUGCGACCAGAGUCCAUGGAGAAGCUGCGCUGUCUCCGGGCAUGUGUGAUCCGAUCUCUGUACCAUAUGUAUGAACCAUUUGCUGCUCGAAUCUCCAAGAAUCCAGCCAUUCCAGAAAGCACUCCCAGCACACUAAAGAAUUCCAAAUGCUUACUUUUCUGGUGCAGAAAGAUUGUUGGGAACAGACAAGAACCAAUGUGGGAGUUCAACUUCAAGUUCAAAAAACAGUCCCCUAGAUUAAAGAGCAAGUGUACAGAACGGUUGCAACCACCCAUUCAAUAUGAGGAUGUUCACACCAACCCUGACCAGGACUGCUGCCUGCUGCAGGUCACCACCCUCAAUUUCAUCUUUAUUCCUAUUGUCAUGGGGAUGAUAUUUACCUUGUUUACUAUUAAUGUGAGUACAGACAUGCGGCAUCACCGAGUGAGAUUGGUGUUCCAAGACUCUCCUGUCCGUGGUGGUCAGAAUCUGCGCAGUGAACAGGGUGUGCAAGUCGUCCUGGACCCAGUCCACAGUGUCCGGCUCUUUGACUGGUGGCAUCCGCAGUAUCCGUUCUCCCUGAGAGCAUAGUUGCUGCUUCCCAUCCCUUGGGACAGCUUCCAGUCCAGUCCCUUAGUAAUCAGAUGCUGUUUGGAGGGGCAGCUGGAUUGUAUAUCUGAUCAGUGAUGCACAUGCUGUUUGGGUUCCUGGGGCUCCUGUUACAGGAGGUGGGAAGGUUGAAUCAAGAGGAAAGCCAGCUAUGAUUUAUAUACAUUUUAAUGUAAACUUUGCAUAUUUGAAAGGAGAAACCUGGCCUCGUUUUCUGUGUUAAACCCCAAUUGGUGCUGUUGAGUUGGUUUAUUCUUUCAUCUCAACAAAAAUGGUUGAUCUUGUGCUAGGGAGAAAUUAAACUCUGACUAUUCAAGCAAGGAAGUUUUCCCUGUGGAUCAGAGGAACCCAGAGGUUUAAAAUGGUUGCUCCAUUGUUGCUGCUCCUCAAAUUCAAGUGAAUAUUUUUUUCUUUUCCCUUUACCCUUCUCCAGAAAUAAAGCAGGUGACAGGGUUGUCAGAAUCUUACGAGAUUGACUUGUGCAUCUUUUAAAAAAAAUGCUUUUCGGAUAUUUAUUACAUGAAUAUUGAUUGUUUUGCUGAUUUUGUAUUUUGGGUUUUUGUUUUAUUGCAUGAGACUGAUAGUGAUGGUAAUGAUUAUGUGCCCCUGGUACUGUUCUAAGAACUUUAUACAUUGUGUCUCUGAUCCUUGUGUCUUCCCAUUCUAUGGUUGAGAAGCUGAAUCAUUGACUUACCCAAGGCCAGAACUGCUGGUACAUGCAGAGCUAGGAUUCUGACCCGUGUCUUUUUUGCUGUACCACAACUUCAAAGGCAGUCAUUUUUCUUGUGGUACAUAGUGGUAAAAAGGAGUAAAAGAAUGAGUUAGUUUGAAUCUUUCAGAUAGAUAUGCAUUAACUGAAAGGUAAAACAAAAGAGUGUAGGAAGAAUUGUGAUGUUUGUUAGAAAGCCUUUAUUAUGCUAACGGUCAUUUUCAAAAAAUGCAUUGCAUGUUGAAAACAGCCUUAAACUGGAAGCAAUUUAGUGGCUUUUCUCUGCCCUGUCCUGUGCUUUGCAACCUUUGUUUUUCUUUUUUAAAAUCAUCCUGUGUACUUUGAUGAGCCUGUCUUCUGUCAUACAGAAACGUUGACACCCUCCUUUGGUCAAAGUUCUGACUGUCACUGGCAUGCUCUGAGAAAAGGAUCAUGGGUGGGCUUUUUGUUUAUUCUUUUGCUAAGAAGCAACCUUUGUUGUCUCCUCUCCCCCUGGAUGUGGCAAGAGGUAGGCAGUAAGACAGUAUUCUUAUACUCAGGUCUUGAGUCCAGCCCCUAGCACCACAGUCCAGCCUCCCUGCCCCACAAAAAGGAGUCUUCUUGAGACAGGUCUUGCUGUGUAGCUAGCCCAGGCUGGCCUUGAACUUAAUCCUCUUUCUUUAGCCACCUGGAGUGUUGGGAUUAUAAGUGUGAGUCACCAGACACGACAAAGACAAUAUUCUUUAAACUGAAAAAUAUUGUGAGGUAGAUACUUUUGUGAGCUAAACUGCUAAGUUAGUAUGUUGGUUUUUUAUCACUCUCAUUACCCCAUGCUAUUUAAAGAAGAUUCUUGAGAAGCGUCUGUUAGUACUGCUGCUGACUGCUAGCCUUGCCCCACACUCAGAGGAAUACUAACGUUGAACAGAAAGUGAGACUGGGUCAGUUAGAAAAAAAACAGCAAAACCGACAACCAGAAUUUGGGUCCUAAAUUAACAAAAGCAAGAAACCCAAGGACAGUGAGCCCUCCACAGAUCUCUGCAAUCAAAAGUUGUCUCUUUGAAGCGGAAGAAAAGAAGCACAGUUUGGAGUUCCCUGAACAACGAUGCCCCGGAGCCGGGGGACGUUGUCCUUGAGGGUGUGUGUCUCCCAUUUAGAUUACUUAAGGGGUGAAAUAAAUGUGGCUUAAUAAUUGUU